AUGACGACUUUUCGACAGGCAGCGUUUAAAGAAGCGGGUGGUCCGCUGGUGAUUGAAGAGGUGGAGAUGACCUCGCCAGGAAGAGGAGAGGUUCUCGUUAAAGUCCAGGCAUGCGGAGUGUGUUUUUCAGACACGUUUGCCCAGCAUAAUGUCAUGGGGGGAGGAUUGUACGGGGUAGCAGCAGAGCUGAUUGCUUCUAGCCCAAUUGUUCCCGGCCAUGAAAUUAUUGGACAUGUUACCGCUGUUGGUGAAGGGGUGGAACAAUGGAAAAUAGGCGAUCGAAUUGGUGGAGCAUGGCAUGGUGGCCAUGAUGGGACAUGUGCACAAUGCCGAAAGGGCUACUUUCAAAUGUGUGAUAACCAGGUGGUUAAUGGCGAAACCAAGGGAGGAGGAUAUGCCGAGUAUUGUACACUUCGCGCCGAGGCUGGCGUCCGGAUCCCCAAGCACGUCGAUGCCGCAAAGUAUGCGCCAAUCCUCUGCGCCGGCAUGACUAUGUUCAACUCCAUCCGUCACAUGAACAUUCCUGUUGGCUCAACAGUUGCAAUUCAGGGCCUUGGAGGCCUUGGGCACUUAGCAAUCCAAUAUGCGAGAAGCUUUGGAUACCGCGUGGUUGCCUUAUCACGAAAUGCUGAGAAAGAAGCAUUUGCCAGAGAGCUUGGUGCGCAUGAGUAUAUUGAUGUCAGCAAGUGCGAUGUGGGAGAACAACUGCAGAAGCUGGGAGGGGUAUCAUUGAUUGUUUCGACAGCGCCAACCAAGGAUGCAAUUGAGCCACUUCUCAAGGGGCUAGGGAUGCUUGGGAAAUUGUUGAUAUUGUCAGUUCCCGGCGAUAUAACUGUAAACACUGGAGUCAUGCUUCGCUAUGGUAUCUCGGUUCAAUCUUGGCCUUGUGGCCAUGCCACCGAUUCUGAGGAGGCAAUAGCCUUCACUGAACUCGAGGGCAUUAACUGCAUGAUUGAGAAAUUCCCCUUGGAAAAAGCCAAUGAUGCCUUGGGUGAGUUUUUUAUCUCUCUCGACAGACCCGUGUAUCUCCUCUGA